GUGAAAAACUUCGGACCGCACCGCGAGACAUGUGGCCGAGAUUUUGUGAAAUCUCUGCUUGCUUUUUUAGCCUCAAACAACAAGUAGCAAAUUCAACGAAUAGCUUAGCGAUUCGUUAGCAUUUGUUUGGGGGAGAAAUAAAAACAAGUUUGCACCGAGGAAGCGUUUCGGUGCGUCAAAACAAGGCACGGGGGCACUUUAGAGCAGGGAUUUGGACAGCCCAGGGCUGGACAUGACUGGAACUGAAGGUGGUCAGGGGUCACCCCCUGAUGGGAGCGACGGCGAGGAGGCCGAGCGAUGUCCUAUCUGCUUAGGCGUCCCGGCCGGAGGAGAGGUUGCCAUGCCGGACAGCUGCUGUCAUGUCUUCUGCCUUGGAUGUCUCCUCACUUGGGCGGAGUUGCAGAUGGUCCCUUCUUGUCCAGUGGACAGACGGCCAUUCAGGAAUGUUUACAGAUGGGAUGGAAACGUGCGCUGUGUGCAGGUUCCAGUGAGGCGGCAAGUCGUUGAACCUGAAGCUGAGAGUUGCGUCUGUAGAAAACGCGGACAUAAAUUGUGUCUCAAAAGCAAACUCAGAAAAAGAUCCAGACAGCAAAGGGCAGAGAAAACAAAAGGACGGAAAUGUAAUUAUGACGACACAUCUUCAGUAAGCUUAAAAAAGGUGAGAGGAGCAGAACACUAUGCUUGGGCAUCAUCUCACUUUUUUUCAUUAGCAACGUCAACACAGGACAUCACAGAGCCUUUGCUAGUGACCCAAGACGUAUUGCGUGAAACUCAACAAUGCAAACGGCAGGUACAAGUGUGCCCGUGGUUCUCUCCUGCUGCACCCAUUACCGCGAACGGAACGUCAAGGUUCCUCCCUGCUGAUAGCAACCAAAGUCCAUUUACAUUUGAACUUUGUUCAUUUCCUAUUACGUCCACGUCGUCAUUUGGGCCUGUGCAUUUGGUUUGCCAAGGUGUGGUCUGCGCCAUUACCUCUCCUAAAGGAGGAGAGAAGCAAGUCGGGAGAGCUUCCAACUCCAACGCGCCCGCCCAAAAAGCUGAGUCCAUAGCCUCCAGACCAGCGGGACGUAACAGCAAAGCCCAGACGGAGUCUUCUGCGUGCGACCCGUCGUCGCCGCCACAGUCCAGUGCGUCCGACUCGGACUCGUCUGCCAGCCAGGGCUCCGAGCCUGGAAUGACAUCUCAGGUGCCAGCCAAAAGGAAGAGUAAGCGGGUAACGAACCGAAAGGCCAGCGGGAAGAGGAAAAGCACCGGACAGAAGCAGUCGGCCAGCGAGGAUGGUGACAAGGAGGAGGAGAACGAAGAAGCGAAGCCCGAGGUGAACGACUCCGAUCAGCCCUCCGAUGCAGAACAAAGUCCUAAUGCAGACCAGACUGACGUUGAUUCACUCGAUGGGCAACAAGCCGCGGAAUCUUUAAGCAGUAAUGUGGAGGACGACGAUGAAAAACCACAACCUGACGACACCAGCCGCUUGUCCUGUUCUUUGGACUCGCCUCCAAAAAGCCCCGAGUCCGACUGCUCUGGCAAACCGAGCACACGAGCAGAGGAACCUCCUGUCGUGUCAAUUUCAACAGCAGGCGAUGAGAAGCUCACCACAUGGCUGCCGUCUGAACUCGAGAACACUCUGGAGAACCUCACGUCUCCCGAUGCUGACGUGAUUGAGCAGGACUGUAAAAUGGAGACCGAUGAAGAAGGGUUGGAGAAAAGCAAUGAGGAUGAUGGGGUGGCGCAGAGAGAAGCUCAUGAAAGUCCCGCCUCCAAGCCUGCUGAACCCCCCGGAGAGAAGCUCGCUGACCAGGGAGCACAAGCGGAUUCUCAAACACCUGAAAUAGAAGCGGCUUUAAUAGUUGAGGCAGGAAGUGACGGUCCAUCCAUGGACUGCGGUUCUCCCAAGGGGGAGGCUGUUAGCGGUUCGGCAAAAGAGCACCCGCCUGCAGAAACCUCCGAGGAGAGUUCCAAAGACCAAGAGGAGGGAGAUUCGAACCACGAAAGGAAAAACGGCAGGCAGCGACGCUCCCGGUUCCACUCCUCGACCUCCUCCUGGUCGCCCAAGCAGGACGCCAGACGAGAGACGUCCAGGCGGGAGCGGGCCGCCAGCCCGCCCUCGGGCCACUCCUCCCGAGCCCGCAGCAGAGAAAGAGAGCGCCAGCGAGACAAGGAGAGGGACUACAGGAGGGAGCGUAGCCGCGAGAGGAAGAGGCGGCGAUCCAGGAGUCGCUCCAGAUCCAAGUCGCGCUCCCCAUCCAGAACGAGUUCACACAGACGGGGGUACAGUCCCGAGCGGCCGCCGUCCAGGGAUCAGUCUCCUCGGGGGAGAGAGCGAAGGGGCGGCUGGAGGGCGGGGAACGGCGGCGAGGGGCGACGCUAUCACGGUGGCGCCGCUCGCUUCGAGAACGGCGUCCCUUCAGAAACCUCACCCGAACGCCAAGGCUGGUCGGAGACUCCCGAUUGGGUGAUGGAAAAAACUCGUGAGGUUGAAAGCAGGAACUGGGAUCUCGGCGGCGGCGGCGGAUCCCGCUGGGAAGAUCGCGCGGCGAGGGGACGCGGCGGCGGCCGUGGAGGCGGCAACCGCGGCAUCCACAACCCGCAGCAAGACGACGACAACCGUAGACCGCCACGGAACAGCUCAGGAAUGGGCAACAAUUCAGGGAACGACGCCUACAGCCGCUUUAAUGAGAAUCGCCCGGGUGGCCGCAGGAAGCAGGAGAGCGACGCCGGCGACUCCAUGCUGGACCGCUCCGGCUGGUCGUCGGCGUCGAGCUGGGCGGUGCGUCGGACGCUUCCCGCUGAUGUUCAGGAUUAUUAUUCCAAGAGGGAAAGAGGAGGAGCGGGAGGAUGGACUCGAUCUGAAGAGGAGCAGCCUGCAACAGAUUCUGCAAAGAGUGAAGCGGCAGCUCCGACCGCACCGGGCAACACCGCGCUGACCCCCAUGCCGCCGCCGCCUCCUCCCCCCCCGCACCUCCAUCAUCACUUCCCCGUGCAAGGCCCCCGCGGCCCCCUCCCGGUCAGCUUGCAGCCCUCUGCGCCGUACGCCAUGACCCCUCCCAUGCCCGUGCACCUCCACCCCGCCGUGCCGCUGCUGCAGGCGCCCGCUGUCGGCGCCCAGGGGCUGCCGCCGCCUCCCCCGCCGCCCCCUCCCAUGCAGCACGGGAGCCAGACGGCAGCGGCUCAACCCGAUGGGCAAACAUCACAGAUGGCGAGCACCAUGGGCGCUUUCCGAAAAGCGGGCCCGCUUGCCGCUCCGACCAAAGUUGGCCACCAAGCCGCUAGCCAGGCGCAACCUUCGUCCACGACGCAGCCGGCUCAGCAUCACAAGGCUCAAGCUGACAGCUCCAAAAAAGAAAAGAAACAACAGAUCCAGGAGAAAGCCAUCGAUGAAGUGAAGACGGCCAUGAAACCGUAUUACCAAAAGAAGGAAAUCACAAAGGAGGAGUACAAGGAGAUCGUCCGCAAAGCAGUAGAGAAGGUGUGUCACAGCAAGAGCGGCGAGGUGAACUCGAGCAAGGUGGCCAACCUGGUCAAGGCCUACGUGGACAAGUACAAGCACGCGCGCAAAAAAUAAAUUUGCACCUCACAAGACUCUCAAGUGCAAUUUCCUCUCGUUGGAAUUCUCCUCGACUACGACAAGAGAGCCAUGAUUUCUUUUUUUUUUUUAUAUCUCUAUCUUUUAUUGAGCUAUAUAGAUUUUUUUUCUAUAGAUUUUCAUAUUUUGUUAGAAAAAGAAAAACAAAGAGACCCAAUCAGAAGUUGUAAUGCAAGAGCCCUUUAUUUUCCAUACACUCUGACCUGCUGAAGGGGAGCAGGGGGGUGCGUU